GAAAGUAUUUUAGAAGGGCUUUAUGGACCAAGGCUACGAAGAGACCUCAGUUUAUUUGAAGACUGUGAGCCAGAAGAGCUAACUGACUGGUCUAUGGAUGAGAAAUGUUCCUUUUGUAAUUUACACAAAGAAACAGCCAGUGAUCGUGCAUCAGUUUUCGGUUCUUCACAGUCAACGCCUACAGAGGAACUGUCAUCUCAGGGCCAGUCCAACACUGAUAAGAUUGAAUGCCAAGCAGAAAACUAUCUAAAUGCACUCUUUCGAAAGAAAGAUCUUCCUCAGAACUGUGAUCCUAACAUUCCCCUAGUUGCUCAGGAAUUAAUGAAAAAAAUGAUCCGUCAGUUUGCGAUUGAGUACAUUUCAAAAAGUAGCAAAAUUCAAGAGAACAGAAAUGGUUCAUCAUUUGAGCCAAGUCUGAUGUGUAAAAGUAUCCAAAUGAACCAAACGGAAAACUCCCUUCAGGAAGAACAGGAUAGCCCUCUAGACCUCACUGUGAAUCGAACUCAAGAACAGAAUACUCAGCAAGGGGAUGGAGUACUAGAUCUCUCUACAAAGAAAAGCGCAAGGUUGGAAGAACCAAAAUAUGAUCCAUUGUGUUCUGAAAACUCAGUGUCUGGGAGACUACACAGAAACAGAGAGGACUAUGUGGAAAGAAGUGCUGAGUUUGCAGAUGGUUUGCUCUCAAAAGCUUUGAAAGACAUUCAGUCUGGAGCACUGGACAUAAAUAAAGCAGGCAUACUUUAUGGCAUACCUCAAAAAACUUUACUUCUCCACUUAGAAGCCUUACCAGCAGGAAAGCCUGCACCUUUUAAAAAUAAAACUCGAGAUUUCAAUGAUAGUUAUUCAUUUAAAGACAGUAAAGAAACUUGUGCAGUCCUACAAAAAGUAGCCUUGUGGGCAAGAGCUCAAGCAGAGCGCACAGAAAAAAGUAAACUCAGUCUACUUGAAACCUCAGAAUUAAAAUUCCCAACAGCUUCCAGUUACCUCCACCAGUUAACUCUACAGAGAAUGGUCACUCAGUUUAAAGAAAAAAGUGAAAAUCUACAAUAUGAAACUUCAAGCCCUACUGUACAAUUAAAAAUUCCUCAGCUAAGAAUAAGUUCUGUGUCCAAACCACAGUCUGAUACUGCUGGUCUUCUGGAUGUUAUGUACCACGUUUCUAAAACCUCCUCAGUCUUAGAAGGAUCAGCUCUUCAAAAAUUGAAAAAUAUCCUCCCUAAACAGAACAAAAUUGAAUGUUCUGGACCUGUAACUCACUCAAGUGUUGACUCCUACUUUCUGCAUGGGGACCUCUCUCCUUUGUGUCUUAAUGCUAAGAAUGGGACAGUAGAUGGAACCUCAGAAAAUACAGAAGAUAGUUUGGAUCGUAAAGAUAAUAAGCAACCAAGGAAAAAACGUGGCCGCUAUCGGCAGUAUGACCAUGAAAUAAUGGAAGAAGCAAUUGCAAUGGUAAUGAGUGGGAAAAUGAGUGUUUCCAAAGCACAAGGAAUUUAUGGGGUACCUCACAGCACUUUAGAAUAUAAAGUAAAAGAAAGAUCUGGAACAUUGAAGACUCCACCGAAGAAGAAACUCCGAUUACCAGAUACUGGCUUAUUUAAUAUGACAGAUUCAGGGACUGGCAGCUGCAAAAAUAGUAGCAAGCCUGUGUAGAAUAAUUGUUAGCAAAUUGUUUUGUGUGUGUGUAUGUAUGUCUGUAUACACACACUAUGUGAGAAAUACAUAUACUCACUCUGACAGAAGACAUGAAAUGAUACAGUUCAAAAACCACAUACAUGCCUUUUGAAAAAUAGUUUUAUUCAGGGUUUUCACUGUGGACAGAAUUAUAGAGAUGCUCACUUAAUUCUGAUAGUGUGUAUUUAAUAUAAUCCUUGUAUAAAUAGGUGAAAAGAUUCAGGUUUAUUUAGUAGUCACUAGCAUAAAGAUGUUUUGGGAAAACAAGUAUUUGUCAUGUGAAGCAUAAUUUUUAAUUGGUGAAGAACCACUUUACCCAUUCAAUUAUCCAUCUUAUUACGGAAAUACACAACCAAGGGUUAGCAGACUUUUAUAAUUCACAGAAUACUUGCAAUAAAUUGUAAGUAACUCAGAUUAUACACAGCAAGGGAUUUUUUUUUUAAAAAAAGAUAGUUCCUCACAAGGAAGUGGAUUUGUGAAGUAUUAGUAGGAUAUAGUACAUUCUGUGAAAGAAAAAAGUUCGUUAUUUAAAUAUCCAAUACGAGUAAGAAAAACAUUUCAUUACAAAAAUGUGUGUUUAGCAGGCAUAAACUGCAUUUUUUUAUCAUUUUAAGAAAAUUUUGUUGUUGGUUUAGGAAGAAAUUGGUGUUUACAAAGUGUACACUUAUGAAAUCUGAGAAAUUACUGUAGUUAUAGAAUUAUUAAAUAUGAAAUAAGAUGGAAUACUAAGAGCAUAAAAUAAUUUAAACUUUAACAUAAUUUUCCUUUUUAGUUUGACAAUUAAGGUAACUUGUAAGGUUUAAAAAGAAAGUUGGAAUGCAUCUUAGAGCAUGUUCAUAAUGUGCACAGAAUGAGCUUGAGAAUGGUUUGGGUUUGUUUGUUUUUUUGUUUAAACGUGCUGGUUAGUUGAUGUUAUGACUACUUAAAAUUUAUUUAAGGAUUGUGUCACACUCCUAUUGAAAAACCUCACUGUAACUGUAAUGUAUUUGCUGCUGUGACAUUUCAAAACAUUUUCAGUUUAACAAAAUGAAUACCAAGUUACAUUAUCAUCUUGCUAAUAACCAAAUUUGCAGUUCAGGGUCUUGAUAGAAAUACAAAUACGAAACAGUGAAACUGUUUUGAACUUUCAAUAAUAUAAAUUCUUUAUAAAUUUGGUAGUUAGAAGUUAGGCAGUUCAUUUUAAAUACGUAACUUUUAAUAGAAUUUAAGGGAGACCAAUUACCUUCAUAUUGCAGUUUUUACAUGAAUUUCAAAGUAUUCACAUUGGACUUUUUAUCACACUUAAUUUUUUUAUGUAAUAUCAGAAGUAUAUGUCUACAUAUGAAUGGGGGCUUGCUUCAUACAUUCACUACUGAACAUCAAUGCCCUUUUCCUUUCAACAUGUAAUUUUUUCUGUAUGUAUCUAUUUUGGCAUUAAAAAAAAAAGACUUUCUCCAACUUUUAUAUACAUCUUACACAUGCACACAUUUUUCCCCCCACUUAAAUUUGCAUGUGUAUGGGUUAAUUAUAGAAAUUAAAUGUGAUGUUAGAUACAUAUAGCACACAUCAGGUAAUUUCAUUUAUAGAUAAACUUGCCAUCAAAAUCAGUGGAGAGCAUACUGCAAUACUGGUGGCAAAAUCUAGCCCAUCUAUUAACACUACUGAAAAAUGACAACUUCCACUUUAAAGUAGAAUAAUCCUUUGAAACUGCACUACCAGUAUCUCAGUUCUUUGGUCUCUCAGAUCUAUACUGAAUCUUCUUCAGUCAUUAAGGUUUACUUGCAUAUUACAGAAUGAAUCUCUCAGGCACAUGAUGAUUCUUGGGGUGUCUUGUGCAGGGUCAGGAGUUGGAUUCAGUGAUCCUGGUGGGUCUCUUCCAACUCAGCUUAAUCUGUGAUUCUAUGAUUUUAAGCAGAAAUGUACCUGAUAAGGAGUUGGCAGAACAGCAGAUGUCAGGGUCAUCUUUUGUUUUAAAAGAAUUAAGCCAUAUUUUGUGAGGGCCAGAAGGAUUAAUUUGUGAAUAUAUCCCCACUGAAAAAUGCAGCUGAAAAAAACCUUAAAAGUUUCAACAUCUGUCUUUAUACAGUUUUACUUGCAAAAAUCUGGGGCUUCAAUACAUUGCCUAAUAUUUGUACCAUACUGAUGUUUUCUACUCCUCAGACAUUGUUAGAAAUUUGAAUCAGAACUUUAUAUUGAAGGCAAGUGACAGUACUCUUUUUAUAUCAUUUAAAAGAUGACCUGACCAAAAAUUUAACAGGAUUCAUAAAAUCAGGGAUCAUUUUACUAUUGACUUAACACUACUCAGUAAUUUUGUAUGUAAUAUUAUAAUUAAUUUUCAACAUUUUAGUACUUGUAUUUAUUUUUUGGUCAGAUAUAGUAAUUAAAAUAUUUUUUGAUAGUUUAUAGAUGAUACUCAACCUGUAAGUGUUUAAAGAACAGAAUUAUUUGUCUCUAAUUAUUAGGCUAAUGUUUAAUUACACAGCUAAGGAAAGGCAGGGAAAUGUGUAAAUUCUCCUCCCCCAACCCCUAUGUAUUUCAUUAAUGUCAUUUAAAUUAUACAUUUUGAACUGUUUUAUAAAUUCAGUUACCAGUCACUACUUAGUAAUUGACAACUUCUGAAAAUUCCUGUUUCAGCAGAAUUUUAAAUGAAGGCGAAAGCAAGCCCUACAUGCUUUCUACUUAUUUGAAUGUUUCUCAAGUAUUUUAUAUUAAAAAACAGUGCCUCUGUUUUUAGAACUACUGCUCAGUAAAGUUGUUUAAACCAUUUCUGGUAGCUAAUGACAAUUUUAUAUUAAAUUGUAUAUUAACUUUAGUGAGACUGAUUUUUUUAGUUGUUUACAGUACAAAUACUUGUAUUUGUUUUUUAAUUGCAGUAUUUCCAUUGUCGCAGUAAUUUAGUAAAACUCUGUGGCUGCCUUGAUUUUUGACAGAUUUUUGUUAACAACUGAUUUUUAGGCAAUUAGUUAUAUUUAUGCAUAAAUCAAUUGCACUAUAAUUCAUGAAUUAUUUAUUACAAUAUUUUCUAAUGAAUUCCAUGUAUUUGUCUUGUGUUGUAAAUGUACUGUAAUUCUGUUUCUUCUUUGUGUUGUUAUAUUCCUAAAUCUGAUUGUAUGAAUUUAAUUGUUUAGUUAACGUGUUUCUACGUUGUAAUUUGUAGUAAAGCACUUCAAUGCUUUUGCACAUAAAUUUACAACACUGAUGUGUGAUUGAUUUGCUCAUUCAGUAAAAAAAAAGAAAGAAACAAAAACCUGUACACUGACUUAUUUGACUUAUUCCUGAGGCACAAGUUGAUUAGUAGUGGCAUAAGACCAAGAACUAUACAAAUUAAGCUCAUAAUGACUAAUUUGUUAUGAGAAUUUUAUCAGAAAUAGUAGCUUUAAGGAAGGAUGGUUUCUUUUCUCAGAAUUGAUUAAUUACUAACGAGAAGAAAAUCAGAAAAUUAAUUUUCUAACACCCCCUUUAGUUAGCAGCUAAAUAUUAUAAAUAGUAUAUAGCUUUUUUGAGGUGCUUAUUUACGUAAUAAAGUCAGAAAACGAACAUUUGUAUAAGACAGAUUUAUAUUUCUAUAGUAGUUCCAUGCUGUUUGUAUGAGUACUCAAAACUAUGUUCUGUUCCAGUUUUGUUCCUGUUCCCGGUCUGUAAAGAUCUUGCUAGAGUGAUCUGUCUUCUCUGUGGCUGAGAUGACAGGGGAAGGACCUCUUUUGGGAGUCCUCUGAUAGAGCUCUUCCUUGAUAGUUUUUGUGGAGGAGGAAAAGUUUUACUUUCUUAUAUGUAAAUUAGUAGACUGAAGUCUGGUAAUUAACCUUAUCACAUUGCUGCCUUUGUGCCAUUUUUGUACUCUAGUCAAUCCCCACUCCAUGUUAUUAACUUCCCCUAUCUGCCAGAAGGGAAAUAUCAUUCCGUACUUAACCUUUGCCUUGAGCGAUACAAAAGGUACAAGGGUAGCAGUGCAUAUUGAUCCUCUCACCUCUCAACCCCUCCAUUUCCUGCCCAUUCUCUCCACCCAUCUUUUUGUCUGUGGUUUGGAGGAAGUGUGCAGUUGGUCAAAGUCAUAGGUCUUCCUUCUAUGAAAUUAUUGCUUGAGCCUUUUGUCCUGAGGAUAGUCUAAACUACAGUGUGACAACACAAAUUUAAUGAGAUACAGGAAACUGAAGUAUAAUUCCAUAGUUGUUUUGAAAAGCGACUAAAAAUUAGUAUGUUUAAAUAUAUUGACAUCUCUACAGGGAGAUACUUCAAGGAAAAUGUGUUGCUUUAAUGCUUGAAUUUGUUUGUGUAGUAAGCUCUGCUCCAAAUGGUCACUGAGUAAGAGCUCAGUGUGUUUUUACAAACUUGGAAGAUCAUUUGGACUGUGGAACUAUUGAAAUAGAAUAGAUGAAAGUUGUCUGUUGUCCAUCAGCUUUGGAAACUAAUGCAUGUUAAGGGAAAGCAGAUUAUAGAUGUCACACAAGGGUGGAUAGUCAGGACAGAAAUUGUUUUAGAAAAACGUCCAUUAUGUCUGUGAUAAUCAGAAUAUUGCUCUAUACAACAAAUUGAUCCCCACAUAUCAAAUUCAAAACAGUUUUGAGGCCUGUGUAUGAUUUGAUUGCUCACUUUGAGAAGGUUGUAAGGCUCCAGAAGUUUCUUUCACUGGUGAACAGACUUUAAGUAGCAGUUAUGGAAACAGGCCCUCUAUAUCUAAAGCUCUCCAGUGAAAUGAUAGGCACACCUUGUAAGUCUAGACAGAUAAAAAGGUACCUGAUUAGAAAUUCAGUCUAAAAAAAGACUGCUAUAGUUAUCUUUUUAGCAAAUCAGUACUUAACAAAUUUACUCUGGUUUACAAACAGAAUAUGGAAGAUGAAGGCCUAGUGGCAUGUUUCUGUUUGGGUUUUUUUAAUCCUUUCAAUACAUUAUUUCAAAUCAUGAUGCUGGGGAGGGCAAUUACUUUUUAUCCUUAACUGUAUUAUUAGAAUAAGCUUUCUUUUUACAAGUGUAGUGAUUUUGAUACCUUGUGACUCCUGAAUUUGUUGGAGUAACAGUCAGUUUUUUCUCAGUGUAGUGGCAUUUCAAAAAGAGUCAAAUCCUGACACUGACACUCCCUUGAAUAAUGCGGGGUUUACUUUAGAUUGCAAGUGCAAAGAGUACUUUUUUUCUUUUUAAGACUUAAUAGUUUCAGAUUAAAUUUAAUCACAACUUCAACUAAUACCAUCACAAUUAUCUUAUGCCUUUAUGAGUUAUUAUCAUCUAGACAACUGAUUUUGAAUGUAUACAAUUUCAUACUGAAUAUUAUAGGAGAAGGAAAAAAAGAGGAAUUAUGCACAUUUGGCUGGUUUUAAGCUCUAAAUUUUAAAAGCUGACUAGGACACUAAAAUUCCAAGAUUGCAUGUAGUAAGUUCCAGUAAGAAACUCAAAGCUGAAAGUUACUGAUGCUAAUAAUUUUGGGUAUGAUUUAAUUAAAGAAUAGGUAACUAUAUUUAAAUACAGCACAUUUAAUUUUAAAUAUGUUUGUUCAUUGAUCAGUACAGUUGUAAAACAAAUCAAAAUGAAAAUUUUUUGAAAUAUAGGCUUAAAUACAAAAAAAUUACAGGGGUUAACAGUAGGGAAAAACAUGUUAGUGUCAUGUUCAGAGUUUGGUGAUAUGUUUAAACUAUGCAUACUUUUCUAAAACAGAAUUCUUCCAACAUUUUCUGCUCAUGCAAUUGGUUUCAAUAAAACAUUUGAAAUAGGUGUUAACUAUCUGUUGAUAGUUGCUAUACAGCAUAAGGAUUUUGUAUUUAAUUGAAGAAAUACGUGUAUUAAUUUCUACCAUGGAAAUUUUUCAGCUUUUCAGUAUAAAUGAUUGAUUAGGUAAGUAGUGACAUUAGUUUUAAUAAUUUAUAAGAAAUGGAUUAAAUAGUUAAAGUAGUAUUUUAUAAGUUGGUUUUUUUUUUGCUAAUACAUUUGAGAACCACUGCUCAGCAAUCUUUAGAUACAGGCCUACCCUGUUUAAAGGAUAUUUAAAGGAUAUUAACUUUUAUCUCUACUUAUUCCAGUGAUGAUUAUCUCUCCCUCUGUUUAAGGAAUCUGUGUGUGCACACACAUGUGUGUAUAAUGUAUUGCAGUGAAGAGCUUGUGAUGCAACACUGCAAUUUUUUUAAAAACUGAAAGGGAAAAUUUUAUCUGCUAAGAGCA